AUGGAAGAUGGCCAGUUGUCACCAUUGUCAGCCAGCGACUACGAGAGCUCCUCGUCGUUUCGACAGCUGGCAAGUGACAGCUUUGGGAUUCCGUCGCCAUUCGCAGACACACCGAGGCAGAAGGCGGUAAAAGCCGCUCGGUAUGCUCGACAUGAGAGUCCUGGAAGCUCGGGUGGCGCGACGCCUGUGCAUAAAGCACGACAAGGAACUCCGGAGGAUUGGCAAAAGCUUCCGGGCCAUGUCCAUUUCGAUGAGUCCGUUUAUCAGACCUUCCGGGCAAACCCCAAGAAGCCACUCCAGCUGAUUGGACAUCAUUUGGAACCAAAGGAAACGCAGUCGGAACCUGAAGACGAUGAACAUGAGCCCAAUGAGCCUAAUGAGCCUGCCCCGGCCGCCUCGCCCAAACGGCCCAAGCCGCCUAAGCCGCCUCCUCCCUCAAAGAGCACAGGAUCUAGACGACCAGGCAAACAUCCUCCACGCAAGCCUACUUUGCCCAAACGUAAUGUCGACUUGGAUGCUGCGAUGGAGGUUUGUGGCUGUCCCCAUCCGGGAUGUGCCGCGAGAACCACUCAGGCUCCGGCGGCUAAAGCAGCUAGAUGGGCCACGGCACAGCCGCGGCAACAGCCUGAGCCAGCCGGGGAGGAGCGUGUCGAAGACACGUCUCCAGAGCUGCCAGCUCUGUACCUGAAGCCACACCACAGGCCAGGACCACCAGUUCACAGUGUCAGCAAAGAAGCUUUUGCUGGAGAGGAUGACGAGAAAGCCGAUGCCAUUGAAUCAGCCUCCUCUCUCGUAGAGACGGUCCAUUCUUUUUACGUAGACACUUCGCAAGUGCCCUCGCCUGGUCGUGUUGGGGGCGAGGAGGGACUGCCGACCAGAGCUAGCAAGCAAGGAUUCAAGCAGCAUCGGCCUGCAAAGACUGCUCGUAUGCCGCCUGCCCAACCAUCCCAAGCAGCUGGCACUGGAAGAACUGAAAUGGGAGAGCUUCUGCCUAGGGAGUUUGCCAAGAUCUCGCGCAUGAUCGCAACUGCUCGAGCUAAGCAGCAAAGACAGCAGGAUCUUUCAGAGACGGCCCAACAUGCUGUCAUCGAAACUGCAUCAGUUGAAAUUCAAUGUGAGACAGAUGAUGACGGCGCAGCCCCACGGGAUGCUGAGAGGACAUUCCAUGGGAGGACCUUCAUGUUAUUCCGGUGCGACCCCAGCGAGGUCACGUUGAACAAUUGGCGAAGGCUGGAGUGCACCCAUCCGCCCUUGAGCAAGCUAGAGCUCUAUCUGCGCUUCUUCGCCCAUCGCUUUCCUGGGGCACUAGAUUCGAAGUCUUUGGUCAACAAGGCCGAACACAACCAUAGCCGCCACAGCAUCCAGACUGCGAGAAAAUCCGCGCAGACUGCGAGAAGAAUCUGGAAGUAA